UAGUCUAAAAUUUCUUAUAUAUAUUUCAGAACUUAUACAAUAAUCAUGGUUGUACUCUCAAAAUAUAUUGACUUUGCGGUUAAAAAGUACGAUGGGAGUGGGUUUUCAAAAACCGCCAUUAGCAAUGCUAUACUCGGUGCAGCAAUUUGCGCCUACACAUGUAAAGUCACAUAUCCGUUAAUUGGAAAACAUUUUAUCAAUAAAGAUGAGCAACAUCGGGCAACGUUGCUUACAAAUAUCGAAGAUGAAGACCUGUUAGUUACACCAAUGGAUGAUGAAGACUCGAAAUUAGCCGAAGCUGAAAAAUUGGUACUUGCCAAGCAAUUGAAAAAGAAUAAUAAUACACAAUUGGAGCCAGGCCUGAAUAAAGAAUUCAUACAACAAUUAAGUAAACUUGUGAAGAUUAUGAUACCAAAAUGUCUGCUUUGGAAGGCGCUAUAGUCAAAUUUAUAGUGCGAAAGGACGUUAAACAAUUCGCUAUAGUGCUCUUGAAAUGGUUUGGAAUUGCGAUACCCGCUACGUUUAUAAAUUCCAUGAUAAGAUUUCUGGAAAGCAAGCUUUCAUUAGCCUUCAGGUAAUGAAAAAAUUUAAUUUCUGUUAUAUAUGAAAUGAAGUGGCAAGGCCACUACAUUGAAUUGAUAUUUUACACAUCUAGCAACUGUUGUUGCUAGAACAUUCUUCUUAUCAUUAAUUCUCAGGAUUUUCUUUGCAAUGUACUUUUCACUCAUAUUAUUUAUUGACUAAAAUAAAAAUU